GUAUUUAAAGGAAGAUUGUCGCAGUUCGCAGGUCAGUAUUUAUUCAACCGUGCUCUUGUUAUAAUUUUCUUUCAGUGGUCUGUUAGGUGAAUCGAAAAAAUAUCUUUUGGUUCCAAUCCUUGAGUUUCAAAGAUGAGAAGUUUUACAAUUAUAGCAAUGCUGUUGGUGAUGUCCGCUGUAUUCCUGCAGCAAUCAGAAGCUGGGGGUCACCUUCGUCUUAAGAAGCUCGUGAAAACUGUUCUGUUAGCAAAUGCUUUGACAGGAAAAAAAAUACUCUUCCCGUUGCCUCUUCCUCUCCCGAUCCCUAUUUUCCAAGAAAACAUACACCACGAACCUUACCCAGUAAAUCACCACACCCACGCUGAAAUUGGAUAUGGUUUAGAACAUGGUGGAUAUGGAGGUGGUUUCGGUGGUGGAUAUGGAGGAGGUUUCGGCGGUGGAUAUGGAGGCGGUAUAGGAGGAGGAAUUCAUGGAUAUUAAACUUUGAGUAGUGCCUGAAAUAAAUUCUGUAUAGUCUUCGCCAUUUUCAUCAUGAAUAUCAUCCACUUGGGCUAACUCAGGUCAUCUUGUAAAUAGAUUUUUCGUAACACCGUAUAUAAAAAGUGCAUAGAAUAAUUUGUUGAAAUGUGUACUGAUCCUAGGAAAGUGUUUGGGCUUGGAGCAAUAUAAUGAUAAGCCACAUUUUUAAACUCUUCGGAAGAGUAAUUUUGUAGAGAAAUAACGCGAUUUACAUAACGACGAUAAGUUGAUUUGGCUUAGUUGGAGUACAAGGCUAAUUUAGAUCUGCAACAAUAUUAUGGAGCAGUUUGAUUUAAAAAUUUUCCCUUUGGACAAAGUAUGGCAUAUCCUUAUAUAGUCCCCAGCCCAAAUGUUUUCAACCCGCAAAAAAUACCGACAAUGCGGGUCAUCAACUAAGUUCGUCAAGUCAUGUACACGAGAUGACAAGAACCGGUUUAUAGUUACUUCUAUGUUUGUUAGUUAGAAUAUGCAUAUUUUUCUUAGAGGCCAAAUAAUUGUUAAUUGUUCAAGAAUAUAGAUUAUAGUAACAGAAUUUAAUAUCUUUAAAUAUUUAAAGAAAAGGUUCAUUAAAUGACAAUCAAAAGUUAUUUUGUCAAAUUAAGAAUUUUUUUAAUGUUGUAGUGCAAUUUAAGAAGUUUUAUAUGCUAGAAUUUGUUUUUAUUUUAAACCAAUUAAACCAUUAAGCACUUGUUAAAUAGUUUUUCCUUGAAAACUUCAAAUCAAAAUAAUUAUUUUAAUUUUCUGAAGCUGUAAUUACGUAGAUAUCUAUAAUAUUCUUAUUUAAUAAUUAAAAAUUAUUUCUUUCUUGCUGAAGUAGUGAAUUUUUGACAUUUUAAUGAAUUGUAAAUAUGAUAUUUCUUUUACAAUAAGAAAUUAAUAAUUCUGUAUUUGCAUCUGUAUAGUGUUCAUAAUCUUUGUACGUUAAGAGCAAAGUUUUGUGAUGUUUUUUCUUGUGUGUGUUUGUGAAUAAAUCAUUGUUCAGUUAAA